AUGACCAACUUUGACUUAUCUUUGCUUGACCCUCCUUGCUCACCUUUGCCUGAGGCUGAGGUGCCUAUCGAGGCUGUGCUGGUGGUUGAGGAGCUGGCUCAGGAAAUUCCUGAGGCUGCGCCUGUUGUCGAGUCCACUGGCGACCAUGUCCUCCGCAUUGGGAACGCGCUCCUUCCAUCAGUGGGCAUGUUGUUGGGCUCACGUCCAGAGCUCCUCCAAGAGCGUCUGGAAGAUAUUGAGUUGUGGCUCUGCGAGUGGGUGCACUUUGAGGCUAAUGCGCACGUCUGCACGUGCGAUGCGCUGGAAGCUGAGGUGCUCCUUCCUAUCGGUGAUGAGGAGAAGGAGAUUCUGUGGGACCUUAACAAGUGGGUCGGAGUGGCAAGGAAAAUGGUGAGCAGGUGGAAGGAGGUGGCAGAGAAGAUUAUGGCAGAGGCGCGCACGGCUCACGCAGCGAAGGAGAAGGGGAAGGGAAAGGAGAGGGAGGAGAACCCAGACAUGUGUAGACCUAAGGCUGGUGGGCAUAUGUCAACUGCACAGAAGACACUUGACCCUCCCUGUGAGAACUGCAUGCAGCAUGGGGUCAAGUGUUUGCAGGGCAAGAACGCGUGCUGUGGGCCUUGCGAAUGCUCACACCAAGCAUGCAACUUUGCUACCAAGCGCAAGGUGUCCAAGACUGCUGCAGUGCCACACGAGGUGCCUCAUGUGGCCAAAGAGCGCAUUCCGAUGGUCGAGCUGACCACGGCUGAUGAUGCCGGCGACUCUGGCAAGUCUGAGGUGGAGGUCCAGGAAGUGCCAAAGAAGGUGUGCCCUGCACCCAGGCCGGUGAAGCCUUUGCCCGUGCGCACCACUGCAGGGCCUUCGAGGAUUCACACUGAUGAUUCAGACGACAAGCACCUUCGCGCCGACAACAAGUGUCUUCGGGCAGACAACGAACAUCUGCGGGAGGAGGUUGAGAAGUUGCGCAGUUCGCAGGACGACUACAACCAAUUCAUGCACAACCUGAACUAUCAGGCGCGCAAGCAGCAACAAGAGCUCAUCAUGAUGAGCAACCACCUUUACUCUUUCUCAGAUGAAUGGAGGGUGAUGGGGCAGGAGAUGGACGAUUUUGUUGUGGGGCAGGAGUGUGCAUGGAAGUAG